AGAAGAAGGUUUGUCUCUUGUCGGCUCCUGUACCUCGUCGAGGAAGUUGUUGCUAUUCCAUUCAUUCUGUUGAGUUUCAAUUACAACACUUAAUUUCCAAAAUGCGUAGAAGAACCGAAGCUCAAGCAUCAAACAGUGAAGCUGUCAAUGCUGAUAGAAAGGAUCCGGAUCAAAGAUUGCACAGCCAAGCUGCAGCUGAAGGCCGAGUGUCUUACAGCUCUGUGCUCACGAUUGUUGGAAAGUGUUUACUUUUGAUCAUCUUCAUCCCUCCGUUCCUCAACUAUGCAUCACUGCAGAGAGAAGGACAGAUGCUCUUGCCUAAAGACGGCCAAAUAGUUGAUGUUGGUUUGGGUCAAAAGAUGCAUCUGUUGUGUAAAGGACAGGGGCGACCAGUAGUCAUACUGGAUGCACCAGCUGGAAUGUCCUCAGACGUUUGGUUGCAUGUCCAAGAGAGUGUGGCCACAUUAACAAAGGUCUGUACCUAUGACAGAAUGGGACUGGGCUUCAGCAAGCGACUGAUGCAGAAUGAAACCACAGGAACGGAGAAAGUUUGGGGGAUGUCAACAACUGGACGGAUGGUGGAUGAUCUGCACCGACUCCUGCAGGCCGCCGAGAUAGCCAAGCCUUUCAUCCUGGUGGGCUCUGAGCUCGGCACGCUCAACGGCAGGUUUUACAGCCACAUUCAUGAUGUGCAAGUGUCAGACCUGGUGCUGAUUGAUCCCAUUCCAGAGGACGUUUUUGAGGACGACCAGUGGAAAGAGUACUGGUAUGGUAAGCUGUUGCCCUCGCUCCAAACCAGGCAGUUUUCAGCGGCUACAGGGCUGAGCCGCAUGCUGAUCAUCCUCGGGGUGAUUGAACCGACUAUUAAAGGCGAAAAUGUCUCAGAGGAGGUCAUCCAGCGCCAGAAAUACCUACUAAGUAACCCUGCCCACCAGAGCAGUGCUGUGGAUGAGCAUUACUUUUUGAAUGAAAGUGCAGCUCAAGUAAGGGACAUCACACAGUUUAAGCCGCUCUCCAGCCGGACGUCGGUGAGUGUGAUCACCGGGGAUUCCUUUGACCAGCAAAUACCACAACAUCUAAACCAGAUGGUAGCUAAGCUUCAAAAGACGUUUCUGGAGGAGUCCUACUCAUCAGCCAAUCACAUUCACAUAAAAGGAGCAGACCGGCGAAUGAUCUACAACAAGCCAUCUGCCAUCAGCCAGCACCUGAGGAAGCUAGUCAACCAACGACAAGCCAAACAGCAGAGCGAGUGACCCUCGGCCAACGUGUAACAGUACCCCAGACAUGGACAGGGUAAUCACUGAAUAGGUUUUAAAUAUUCAAGUUAUCUUUUUACCUUUCCCUGCAGCAAUCUGUGGAGAUAGUGUACAUGUCUGGUAAAGGUUCAUCAAGAAGUCAAUUAGUGAACAUAUUUUUUGCCUAGCUCUGCUUCAUUGGGAGCUUUUAAAUUGAAAAUAACUGGAGGGUAUUCAGUGUGAUGACAUAUUUGCUGUCUUAGAUUCAGAAAAUCUUAUCUUUCAAGUUGUUAUUUCAGUCUCUGUACCCGAUUGGCCUAAGAAAUACAUUAACACAUUACUCCUUAUCAAUGUAAAGGCCACACACGUCACUGCUCAACCUGAUGCUUUUUUUUUUUUUUUUUUUUUUUUUCUUUCAUUCAGUUCUGUCUUAAUAUUCUGCCUUGUUAUAGCCACAGGGAAAGGUACAUUGAGUUCCUCUCUCUCUCUGUUGCGUCAGCUUCAGUCAUUUUGUUACUUGCAUAUAAUUGAGUUACAUUACAACCCAAAGUAGACGUCUAUCUUUGGGCUUGUGUCGAUUUGAUUCAUUUUAUAAUUUGCAAUCAGAUGAGUCUGGCCUGCAAAGCUAAUUUUGUAUUUUUGUAAAUCCAUCAUCAUUUUUUUUGUGGCGAGCAUGAACUGUUUUGAUGGGUUCACAGUAGUGUGAAAGAAAGACCAGACAGCAUUGGUUUAUCCUGAGGAUUUAAGUUUAAUUAUGACACCACAUCAAAAUAAAAAUUUCCAACAGAUCUGGAAUUUAAUUCCAUCCAUAUACAUGCAUAGCAACAACGUUUUAAGAAAACAUUUUCUCCCAUAAUCAGGACAUUGGAAUGAUCAUUUUACAUCAGUAUCCCCACUGACCUCCCACCCAUCUUGUUCAUCAGCAAUAAACGUAAUUCUUGUACAACUUCUUUUUUUUCCCUAUGGGGUUACAAAUAAUUAUAUGCACAGUCCCCAUUUCAUAAUACUGCUAUCAGUAAUGUUCCCUCAUUUACAAAGUAUUGCAUUGAGAGCAAAUUUCAAAAAGGGAGACCAAAGUGUAUCAUCAAACAGAAAUACGAGUACUAUACAAGAAUGCUGCCAUCCUCAUGAAAACAUCCACAUCUGAGUUGAAGAAAAGAGACAGGGACAAACAGCCACAUAUGUAUGCAAAGCCAUGUGUAUAUGCCAAAAUGUGAGAUGCAGGGUUGUGCCUGGUUAUCACCCCCAAAUGGUGAUUUCUUUUCUUUUUUUUAAGGCAAACAAGUCAUUAGUAGCAAUCUGCAAGUGACAUUGUGGGCAUAUACAGAAACUGGUACAGCAAAUAAGAAUACACAAGUGCCUCAGUAGCUAUUUUUGUGUCUAAAAUGCAUCUCAUUUUUGUAUUGUCUAUUUGUUUCAUUGAGCCUACACUACAGUGUAAACAAUAUGUGUGCUACACAAGAAUGACUAUACAAUAACAUUACAAACAACUCUGAUAUAAAUUUCAUUUUGAAUUUAAAUUAAGAUCACUACUCCUAUUAAUACUGAUUGUAAAAUAAAUUAACGUGAAAGUGGCACCAA